UCAUUAGUUCUUCAGAUGUGGUACCACUGUUCCCACGUUAUUUACUAUCGGAAUAUACAAUUUUUAAAACUAUUGUUACUGAAUAAUUUGAAAUUAAAGAAUGAUAUAAUUAUUUAAUAUUUGAUAACUUAUAUUAAUUAAAUAAAUAAAAUUAUGUUUAAAUUAGUUCUCAACAGAUCAACACAAAAUGUUUAUUUUCUAAACAACAUUUAUAAACAGUCAGUGCGCAAGUUUGCAGGUGGUGUUGAAAAAGUUAAUAAAGACGUUAGCACAUUUUCCAGAGAUACGGCAAACUCCAAAAAUACUAAUAUCACUAAAGAUGGAGAGAUUAAAUCUUCCUCAGGGGAUGGAGGAACCAUAAAGAGUCUUGAAGUAACACGACAUAUUUGGCAGCCCAGUCCAAGUUUAGAAAAAGGAAAGCUCCUCAGUAACUAUAAGAAGUUAUCAAAAUUCAGAUUAACAUCACUUGUGGUAAUAACAGCAAUGGGUGGAUAUGCCAUGGCUCCGGCGCCUUUUGAUCCAGCAUCGUUUUUGCUAUGCUCUUUAGGUACUGGCCUUGUUUCAGCAGCAGCAAAUUCCAUUAAUCAAUACCAUGAAGUUCCAUUCGAUUCGCAAAUGUCAAGAACGAAAAGUCGCGUGCUUGUGACAGGACAAUUGACACCGUUACAUGCGGUAGGAUUUGCUGUGGUUUCAGCCGCUUCUGGACUAAGUAUGUUGUACUUUGGAGUAAAUGGUCUUACUGCAGCCUUAGGACUUGGUAAUCUUUUCCUUUAUACAUCCAUUUACACCCCAAUGAAACGAAUGUCAAUACUAAACACAUGGGUCGGAUCUGCUGUCGGUGCUAUUCCUCCAUUAAUGGGCUGGGCAGGUUGUUGUGGUAGUCUGGAUGCUGGAGCUUGGAUAUUAGCUGGUUUGUUAUAUGCAUGGCAGUUCCCUCAUUUUAAUGCAUUAUCUUGGAACUUAAGACCAGACUAUUCACGUGCUGGAUAUCGGAUGAUGGCUGUAACGAACCCGGGCUUAUGCAGACGAACAGCUUUAAGAUAUACGUUUCUUAUCGGUGCCCUUUCUUGUAUUGCCCCAGUGUUAGAUGUAACUAAUUAUUGGUUUGCCCUGGAAACAUUACCUUUAAAUGGAUACUUUUGUUAUUUAGCUUACAAAUUUUAUCAAAAAUCAGAUAGUGGAACAUCACGCAAACUUUUCCGUUUUUCAUUGAUUCAUUUGCCCCUACUAAUGUUAUUAUUUUUGUUAAAUAAAAAACAGUGGUUCUUAAUGGGGAAAUCGGAUAAAAAUUCAGAAGGUGAUGCAAGAUCAAUAGAAAGUACAAAAGAAACUGUAGGAGAACAAAGUGUUAAAAGCGGUUUACAACUUAAAAGUUUAAGCAAAUUUUUACCUUUAGAAUCGUAAAAGUGCUAAAUAGAGUUCGACACGAUUAGGUUUAACAAAAAGAUUCGUAUGUAAAUAAAAUACGAUUAUGAUGCAAGACAAAACAACCAAAAUUCAUUUCAAUUUGUUAAUAGCCAACAAUUAUUGUAAAUUUUAAGAUGUUAAGGUGCUUUUACAUUGUUCUGCAUACGUAAAUGACAUUUCAAAAAAUUUCUUUAAAUAAAAAAAGUUAGAAAUAAUGACUGCGUUUGUAAAUUCAGAAAUUUUUUAUUUAUUAAUUAAUUUGAUUUUUUUAAUACUAAAGCUACGUUCACAAUGGCAGAAUACACCACUGAAUUCAAACAACAUAGUCAAAUUUAAAGUAUUGUGGAUAAAAAGAAACAGAAAUACAAUUUGCUGGAGUACUCUAUCAUUGUGAACGUAGUUCAAUUAUUGUCAAUUUUUAUAAUUUUUAAUAUUACUGUUUUCUAAAAUUAAGUGAUGCACAAAUUUAUUGCAUUUACAAAGGCAUCGUAUUAUGAAAUUCGUUUGUUAUUUAUUUAUUAAAUUUUCUAUCAGAAAUUUGAUAGCACAAAUAUCUAUCUUAAGUUUUCGGGAGAACAAAACAACUUGCUUGUAAAGAUUUAUAAAUUUUCUUAUACAAUAUCAAUAACUUUAAAAAUUAGAUUUUAAAAUUUGCAUUAUUUGCAAAAUCAUUUUCAACAUAUAAAAUCUUUGUUCUUCAAAAUCAACGUUAUAUUUUUAAACACGACAAUAAAAUUAAACAAAUAAGUAUAAUGAGCGAUAUCGUGAAGAACCUUAGGUCGAUUUUAAAUUUGUGUUCAUAUACAAAUUAGUAAGAAAACAAGUUUUGUAACAAAGAAUUGUACACAAUAAAAGGGUUUAAUUAAAAGAAGUUUUUGGAGAAUAUAUGUAUAGACAAUUUUUUUUUAUAUAUUUGAAACUUAUAUUAAUUUCGGCAUUAAAGUACUAUUUUCAUGAGAGAUAGAGCAUAUUGAUGUAGUCCCUCGAUAUAUUUUUUCCAAUUUAAUAAUUUAUUUUCUAUUGUAAAACAAUUCUAAAAUAUGUAUAAAUCUGUAUUUUUUAUUUUCUGAAAAUCAUGUCAAUUCUUAAUUUAUAUUUAUUUUGACAAUAUUAAAUGGAAAUCCAACGUCAUCUAGAAAAAUGUGAAAGCACCUUAGUUGUUAUUUGUUCCUUCCAGUACAUUUUUUAAUAAAAGUUAAGUUCAGUUAAAAAAUACUAAUUUUAUUAAUUACUAUACAAUAUUAUAUGUAUAUCUAAUAUAAAUAAAUUUCCAUCUAGUCAUUUUAUUAAUUUUAAAUACAAUUUAAAAGUAAUUUGUUUAAUUGUUACAAUCUUUCUGUUCGUUUAUGCAAUAUGUUUAACAUAAAUGUAUGUUGGACUUUUCAAACUAAAUAUUGCAAAAAGGAAUUUUCGGUUGAAAACCUAUGAUAGUUAAUUUAAAAAACUUUUUAUUUUUAAUUUUAUAUGGUUAAAUAUAGAAAAAGAAAAUAUUUGCUAUGAAAAAAGUGGGAAUUUUUAUACUCUCGUAGACUAGCUCUCAGCUAUGCCAAAUAUGUUGCUUGUAAAAGCAAAUUAUAAAAAAAACAUUUCUCAAUAUUAAAUAAAAAAGAUUUUUUUACAAUACAAUAAUUUGUAA